AAAAUGUAAAUAAUUAGAAAAUAAUUAAUCUAAAAAACAAAAGAAAGAAGAAGAUUUAGAUAAAAGCUAAAAGAAAUGAGAGAAUAAAACACUCAAUAAUUUAUAAUUAUGAAUAAUGCUCUCUAAUUGUCUAAAAUAAACUACAAGAGUUAAGAGGGAUAAAGAAAUCUUUUGAAUAAGUGGUUUUAAGACUCUGUAAAAAACUAUAUUUUUGAACAGAUAGCAUCACCACUUAUAGCCAAAUAUCUUAAAUGCACUACUUCUUCUGAAGUCAGAACUUUGAUUCACAAAAAUGUAGAUAAAUCUAAACCUAAAUACAUGAGCAUAAUUGAUUAAUACUUCUUUUACAUAAACAAAUACAACCAAAGAGAAGUAUUCAUUGAGAAACUGAAUAAUAUUAUUUUUCAUCCCUUAGACAUUUCUCAGCAAUAAUCUGAAUUAAGUUAUAGCGUUGAAAGGGCUAUUCGCAAGUAACUUGUAUGCUAUCUAAUUUUACGCUUCUUUGAGGUUUAUGGAGAACUUGAAGUUCCCUCAUUUUACGAAUUAUGGAACCUCUGCUUCCCUGAAGAAAUUCAAAUGAAAAAAAGACUCACAAGAUUUGACAAAAAAGAUAAAACAUAAGCUUCAAAAAUUAUCAUAAGUAAAGAAUCUUCCUCGAAUUCUGAAUUUUCUACACAAAGUUCUACUCAUCUCUCUUAUAUUAAUCAAAUACAUUACACAAGCUAAGAAUCUUCUUUAACCGUUUAGCCUUCAAUUCUUUUAGACACAAAAAUCAUCAGCAGUUUCGACUAAUCGCAAGUUAACUUUUAAGAGUCAACUUAAUCAGUUCAAAAAAUAGCUUAUUCUACAGAGAAAAAGUAAAUAAAUAAUGGAAUAAUCGAUGAAGAUGAUUCUGAAGAAGAUAUCUGCAUAUAAAGCUAUACUUAAAAAGUUAAUUUGAGCUCAUCUUUCUAGCCUCUUUAAGAAUCCUACUGCAUUUAAAAUGAAGAAAAAUUAGAAUUUUAAGAAAAGCAGGAAUAUCUUUCUUCAUAGCAAGAUUAAAAUGAGUUUUUCUAUUAAAAACAUUACUAUUAGUAACCAUUUGAUAAUUUCUAAUUAAAUUAAACUAAUUAUCAAAUCAACCCUACCUACUAUAACUUAUCCCUUUGUUAAAAUUAUUAUUGA